AUGCAGUUCGCGUUACCUCCUCGGGGCGGUACUCUUCCGCUACAUAGCGGCCGUUCUCGACUCUCGUAUCAGCGCCGGAGACAGUUCAAGGUGGCUGCGGUAUUAGGUCUUGCGGUCAUUUCUCUCUUUCUUAUUUUCUCUUAUUUUCGAUCGCCGAGUAUAAUAUCGCCCAUACCUGCAGGAACUUCAGGGAUCAUUAUUGUGACAGUAUUGGAUCGCGCGGCAUUGAGCGAGAAGUACAUCCACCGGAUUAAGAAGAACAGGGAAGAUUAUGCCAAACAACAUGGAUAUACGAAUUUCUUCGCGGAUGUCUCUGACUACGAAUCUACGCUUGACAAUGCCCCACGAAGCUGGGCCAUGAUUCCUGCCCUCCGUCAUGCCAUGACGCUUCACCCCCACUCAGCUUAUUUCUACCAUUUGAGCCCUCAUGCCUUGAUUAUGGAACCUUUCAAAUCCUUGGAAUCGCAUCUCCUAGACAAAAACCGCCUCGAGUCGUUGAUGCUCAAGAACGUUCCUGUUAUGCCGCCAAAUAGCGUCGUCAAGACCUUCUCGCACCUUACAUCGAAGGAUAUAGAGCUUGUAAUCACUAUCGACGAUGCGGACUUGAACACUGGGAGCUUUGUGAUUCGACAAGGGGAUUUUGCGAACUUUUUCCUCGAUGUUUGGUUCGAUCCAUUGUAUCGGAACUAUAACUUUGUGAAAGCAGAGACACAUGCCUUGGGUCAUAUCGUUCAAUGGCACCCGACAGUCCUGGCUAGGUUGGCGCUGGUUCCCCAGCGGACCAUUAAUGCCUACAGCAAAGAUUCCCCGGGCGUCAGCGCAGAUGGGAUCUAUAGGAAUGGUGACUUUGUCAUUCGAUUUCAUGGCUGCGAAAGCGAUCCCGUGCGAAGCUGCGAUAAAGAAAUGGAGCUGUAUUAUGAUUUGUGGGAAAAGAAAGUGGACGAUGAAUAA